CGUUGGUUUGCUAAGGUGGUGGUGGUGCCCUUUCUUGCAGAUCUUUCCGACCAUAAUUUUUUGUGACUUGAGCUCUGUAUUCAUGGACGAAUAUGGGGAGGAACGUUGCAGGCGGCUUACAGCUUGAAACGAAACCCGGUGUUGAGUCUGAUAAGCAAGGCAUAAAGAGCAGCACCAAUGAGGCAGGGGAGAAAACAGUAAGCACUGAUCAAACUGAUGCUCCGGGUGCUGAUGAUCAGCAACCGCCGCCAAACACUUGUACAAUGUCAGAGAAACCGCAGGAUGAAGAAGUUACAGACGAAGAGGACGCUUGCUCAGCAUCAGAGCAGGCUUAUACGUUCCAACCCACAGUUCCCGUUGCUCCAAAAUUCAUCUGUGGAGAACGUUUAGAGAAAUGCAAGGAGUACUACGCUAAGCUGGAGGAAAGACACAAGGCGUUGGAGAAAGAGAAACUCGAAGCCAAAGCUAGAAAAAAGGAAGAAGAAGAAGCGGCUAUAAAGGAGCUGAGGAAGACCAUGAUGUACAGAGCAAAUCCAGUUCCUAGCUUCUAUCGCGCAGGGCCUCCUCCGCCUAAGGUUGAGCUAAAAAAGCUGCCACUGACACGGCCUAAAUCACCCAAGCUGUCGAGGAGGAGCUGCGGUGAUGCAGGGAAAGCUUGUUGUGGGGUAGUCAGAGCGAAUGAGCACGCCAAAGGGAAUGAGCACGUUGGUGGACGAAGAUCAAGUGAUAAUAGCAGCGCUGUUAAGAGUGAUACACAAGAGCAGGAAGAUGAAGAUCAACAAAACAUAUGAUCAUUUUUUGUCACUUUUCUUUCCUACUUUCAUUCACACUUUUAGCAUGGUUGAUUGAUCCAUGUGGUUUGGCUAAAUGGUCAUACUGAUAGUAUAUGUCUUAAGAGGUUUUGUACUGUCGAUACAGACAGUGUAU